AUGAAGCUGCGGGUCCGGCUUCAGAAGCGGACCUGGCCGCUGGAGAUGCCAGAAGCCGAGCCGACUCUGGGGCAGCUGCGCGCGCACCUGAGCCAGGCCCUGCUGCCCACCUGGGGGUACAGUUCCGAUACCCGGUUUGCAAUUACACUGAACAACAAGGAUGCCCUCACUGGAGAUGAAGAGACCUUGGCUUCAUAUGGGAUUGUUUCUGGGGACUUGAUAUGUUUGAUUCUUGAAGAUGACAUUGCAGCACCUAACUUACCUUCAUCCACAGUUUCAGAGCAUUCCUCACUCCAGAAUAAUGACCAACCCUCUUUGGCCGCCAGCUCCAGUCAGUCCAGCAUACAGGAUGCACGACUGCGUGACUCACUCCAAGGACAGGCAGCCCAAUCUGAAGUCUGGAAUGAUGACAGUAUGCUGGGGCCUGGUCAGCGUUCUGAAGCUGCGUCAGCUCCAGAUGUGGAUGUGGAGGAGGGCGCGGGUUUCUGUCCCAUGGAGCCCAUGCUCUGCAGCGAAUCAGUGGAGGGGCAAGUGCCACAUUCAUUGGAGAUCCUGUAUCAGUCAGCUGACUGCUGGAACCCCUGCGAUGCCCUGAUAGUAUCCAUACAUCUUCUCAUGUUGGAGUCGGGUUACAUACCUCAGGGGACUGAAGCCAGAGCCGUGUCCAUGCCGGAGAACUGGAGGUUGGGGGGCGUGUAUAAGCUGCAGUACGCGCACCCUCUCUGUGAGGGCGGCUCUGCUGCGCUCACCUGUGUGCCUUUGGGGAACCUCGUCGUCAUAAAUGCUACCCUAAAAAUCAACAGUGAGGUUAGAAGCGUGAAAAGACUGCAGCUGCUGCCAGAAUCUUUUAUUUGCAAAGAAGAAUCAGGGGAAAAUGUAGCCAUGAUAUACAAAGAUCUUCAGAAACUCUCUCGCCUCUUCAAAGACCAGCUGGUGUAUCCUCUUCUGGCUUUUACCCGGCAAGCACUGAACCUACCAGAUGUAUUUGGGUUGGUAGUCCUCCCAUUGGAGCUGAAACUGCGGAUCUUCCGACUUUUGGAUGUUCGUUCUGUUCUGUCCCUGUCUGCAGUUUGUCGUGACCUCUAUAUUACUUCAAAUGAUCAACUUCUGUGGAGGUGUUUGUAUCUGCGAGAUUUUCGAGAUGGUAGUGUCAGAGGUCGAGACACAGAUUGGAAAGAACUGUACAAGAAGAGGUACAAACAAAGAAAAGAAGCCCAGAGAGGGCGGCAUGUGAUGUUCUUGCCAUCAUCACCCCACCCCAUUCCAUUCUACCCCAACCCCUUGCACCCCAGGCCUUUCCCUCCCAGUUCUCUGCUCCCUCCAGGAAUUAUCGGUGGUGAAUAUGAUCAAAGACUAACCCUUCCCUAUGUUGGGGACCCAAUCAAUUCACUCAUCCCCGGGCCUGGGGAGACACCCAGCCAGUUCCCUCCACUCAGACCACGUUUUGACCCAAUGGGCCCACUUCCAGGUCCUAACCCCAUCUUGCCAGGGCGAGGUGGCCCCAGUGACAGAUUUCCCCCAAGACCCAGCAGGGGUUGGCCAACUGACAGCCGGCUACCAUUCAUGUGA